UAUAAAUGAUCAACAGACCCCCAAUUAUCUUCAUUCAAAAUCAAACAAUUCCUGUAAUCAUCUUCAACAAUCUUCUCUCGUCUAGGUUUCAAUUCCGAUCUUGAUUUUUCAGAUCUUGAACAAAAAUGUCUGGACGUGGUAAGGGAGGCAAGGGUUUAGGAAAGGGAGGAGCAAAACGGCACCGUAAGGUCCUCCGUGAUAACAUUCAAGGAAUCACAAAGCCAGCAAUUCGCCGUCUGGCACGUAGAGGCGGUGUUAAACGUAUUAGCGGGCUGAUUUACGAAGAAACUCGCGGUGUUCUGAAGAUCUUUCUUGAGAAUGUUAUUAGAGACGCUGUGACCUACACUGAGCACGCUCGCCGGAAAACUGUUACCGCCAUGGAUGUCGUUUAUGCUCUUAAGAGACAGGGAAGGACUUUGUAUGGUUUUGGGGGUUAGGGAUUUUGAUAUUAGGGUUAAGAAUUGUAAGUCUUGCUAUCAAGAAAUUUGGGGUUUUUGGUUUGGUUUGGUUUGGUUAGUUUUUCUGGGUUUGGGUUGAUUGUAAAUGAUUAUGUAAUGGUUUAGGGCAA